CUUUAUUUCUGUCAUGGAAUGCUGUGUUUCUUAAUUGAGCCAAGUUUAUCCCUGGCUUUUAAUCGCUCCCAACCCUUCGGUCUUGAUGUGCAACCUAAAGAUACAAUAUGUAAUAUGCUUUGCAAAAAAGCGAAACUAAUGAUGAAUAAAUAGCUUUUGGCCUCAUUAUCGCUGUUUCUGUCGGUUCAAAUGCAUUUACAGUUAUAUCUUCUAAAUUCCAACUGUUCGUAAGCGUUACGUGCUCGUAUUAUUUUUACAUACCCCUGUUAUAUUUCAUUGUUUCAUAGCUAUUCUUCUGUAAGUUAAUAAUUUCAUUACGAUAUUAUAUGAUUUGUUAUGCGAAAGAACUAAAUAGCUUUAACGAUAAGCUUCAUCUAGGUACUACGUUUUUCAUAUAAAUAUAGAUAUCGAGAAAUAGUUCAUUCGUCGAUAAUUGUUUUGUCUUAUAUUUUGGGCUGUUCUUACGAUGAGUGUUGCCGGGGUCAUCUGUUGUCGUUUGCUUCCGACUUUGAUCGUGAGGUGAGCAGUACAUAGACAAAGAGACAAUUGGAGUAAAAACAAAUGAAUUCUGACACAAGUAAACAAUCUAAGCUUAGGGAAAGACAAGCAUGGAGGUCUUUAUUUGCAAUUGAAUUCCCCCGUCACUAGUUUCCCAACUCUCAACAUUAGAUUUUGGGCAAACUUCAAUUUUAAAAGAGGUUCCACGCAAAUAAAUUCCUGCGUGCUUUUAAAGUUCAUUUAUUUCUAAAGUAAGCGUCGGAGAGUAACCGACGGCAGAUUGCAACAUGUCAAGACCAGGUUCGUUGAGAAUCCUGCUUAUUUGCUGUGCACGUAACAAUGAAAGUGAUAUCCUGUAUUGUGAUCUUGUGAAAAAGAGAUUUCAUUGGCUUUGUGUGCGAACCGUUACCAAAACCUCAUAAAAUUUAAACUAUUUCCACGAGAUUAAACCAAGAAAAACAAAAGUAUUUAUUUCCGACAUUCAAUGCGUAUGUCCUUCUCACAUUCUGCAGCUGCAUCAAGAGACAGACAUCGCUGCAUUUUAUUUCAUUUGUGUGAAAUCAAUAACUUUUGUUAUUCAUGGUUUCGUUGUCAUGCGUAUGGAAACCCCUUAUCCUUGUAACAUCAAUAUUUAUGCUGCCUGCAAAGAAAGCAACAGUGAUUUAGGACAAGAGGAGAAGAAAUGAAAAGAUCUGGACCAGCUAUGCCACCUCAGCCAAGGUCAAGAGUUCCUAAGCUGCCUGCAGAAACACAAACUGUGAUAAUUGGCGCAUUUUAUGGCAUAGUGUAUUCCUUUGACCCAGAAAACAAAUGGCAGACAAAGAUUCAAGAUUACAUAAGAAUUAAUUUUGUUGACAAAAGAAAUGAUGUUGACUGCACUUAUCAGAUUCUGGCAGCAGACUCUCAAGAAAGGGAAUUGCUGAAUUACACCAUCACAUCCUCAACAAAGUCAAAUGUGAAAGGCAACUUUGUAAAGUGGGAUGAUGAAAAAUUAGUGCAUGGGGCAAGAUUUGCUAAACCAAAUAUUGCACAAGAGUUUUGUGAUCAGCUCUCUGCACUUGUGAAAGAAUUAGUGCAUGCUGAAAAUGCCAAGAAAUUGAAGGAAUCAAGUGUGACAAUUGACAUAAUACUCGCGAAUGGUGAUUCACGCCAGUUCACAGUUGAUAAAAAUCUCACAGUAGAUGGCUUAUUAGAUAACGUGUGUGGGGACGAAAAUCUAAACCAGAGUUUCUAUGCUAUCAAUUACAACACCAUAGCUAAUAAUCCCGUUCCGAUUUCAUGCAAAAUGGCAGACUUGGAAUGCAGUCACUUAAAACUUGUUGACAAACGAGACCUAAAGAAGAGUCUUAGCCUUGACACGAAGCAAAUUAUCACGGAGAGAAAAAAUGGUAGGAAGCCUGGUGCGGUUUCCCAACGGCAAGGGAAGAGUGAAAGGUCAAGCUCUCCAUCGAAGGCCGACCAGGAUUUUGUCUUAAAUGUAUCUGAUCAGCUGGUGAUUAAUUUUCUCGACCUUGCAAACAUCCAUACGUAUGAGCUGAAGAGGCCUCGUGUGCAUGCAAUUGUUCAGGAGUUCAUCGCAGAAAAGGGUGGCACUGUGUACCUUAAAAAAAUCCGAGACACCAAACUUUCACGAUCGGUGCUGGACGAAGUGGGGGAAAUUGCGCAGAAGGUUACAGCUCUUUGUGAAAGCCCCACCAAGACAAACCACGAUUUUGCUAGGGUUGCAUCAGUCCAGGAAGCUUCAACAUCCGCAGACAAAGGCUUUGAUCUUAGAAGAGCCUAUUCCUUAGGCACUGUUUCACCGAUACACGAAAUGAACAAAGGUAAAGCAAGUAACGCAAUCGCCUUGAAGAAGAAACGAAAGGCCCCUUUGCCACCAGGAUCACACAGACAACUGGUUCAUGCCUCCUCGAUGACAUCAGUUAACUCCAAAGAUGAAGAGGAUGGUUUUGGAAUGGCAGUUACAGAAAAAAAGUCUGUGAAAGAGAAGAGAAGAGCACCUCUGCCACCAGGGGUUAAUCCUAGUGCUGAAGCUAGCAGUUCACCCACCCCAAGUGCUUUGAGUACUGGCAGCUCCGUUGAAUCUACCAUUGACUCCACACCACCGUCAGCACCGUACACCGGGACAAAUGCACUGAAAUCACAAGAGACUGUUACCCAGUUUAGACGUGCCAGCUCGUCAUCGGUGUCCACGGGUCCACUAGAAUCAGGUACUAAGUCCCCACCUUCCCUACUUCUGCCCCCACCGCCUAUUGAAUCUCCGCCUGAUGAGGUCUUCUCACCAGUUGGACCACUCUCUGCCACAACUCCAAUCCAAGAUAAAGGAGCUAAUUUUAUGAAUGAACUUGUCAAAAGUCUUGAAGUUAGAAAAUCGUUGAAGCUUGAUUCAUCUGGUGAGCGAAAUCCCCUUGAAAAUCAUGCUACCAGGGAGGAUAUUGGAAAGUCAAAUAGUGAAGUCAGGGAAAGGGUCAGCAGCAAUGAUGUGUAUAGGAUGAUGUCCACGGGAAAAGAUAAACAAAAGAUAUCGACAAAACCUGGCAAGGCUAAAAUCAAGGAUUCAAAUAUGGAAAGUAAAAACAGUAAGGCUGUAGGAGAAAUCAAGACGGGGGUCGGAUAUUCUGUGGAUUUACUUGAAAAUCAAAUGAAGACAAUACUGCAUAGUUUGGAACUGCUAAGUGACGUUCAAGAUGAAGAACAGAGAGAAGUAUUAGUCAAGCCUUUAUUGCUGCAGCAGACGAUCCUUCAGAAGAUGAUUGAUAAAGAAAAGGAAAGUUUAGAUACAAAGAACGUAUUAGGUGUAUAUGGAGGAGCAGUGCAAAAUUCAGUUGAUAACAACAAUGCCAAUAAACAACGUUCUACAGGACAGCAUGUUGCUCGAUAUAACAGUGAGACAUUUACUGAAAAACCGGAGAAAGACUCUUAUCAAAGUUUUGAAACAGAUACUACUGAAGCAGAAACAGAUUCAGUGGUGGAAGCAGUUAGGAACGAACAUAUGAAUGUUGAUUUUGAACAUAGUGAAUCACAUGCGACCAAUUCUUUAAAAAUAAAUGGAAAUCAAAUAGAAACCCAGAAAGCAAAAUCUCUGAAAAUAACCGAUGAAUUUGGGAAUCAAGGUGACAAACUAUUUAACAAAGCUAUGAAGGGUACUGAGAAAGAGGAAAUACAGAAGGAAAAGCAAAAGUACGAAGAACAAAAGAUGCUUGUCGAAGCGGAGAAGAGAAAGAAAGAACUGGAAAGACAAAAAGAGGAGGAAGAGAGAAAGCAAAUAGCUGAAGAAACAAAAAGAGUAAAAUUGGAGCUAGAAAGAAAACAGCAGGAAGAUCAAAAACAUAAGAAAUUGUUGGAAGAAGCAGAGAGGCAAAGAAUUGAGAAAGAGAAGCAUGAAGAGCUUUUAAGAAGGCAGGAAGAGUUAAGGAAGAGAGAAGAAACUGAAAUGCUCAGGAAAAUGAAAGAGGAGAAAGAAAGACUUCGAAUUGAAAUAGAGAAUGGAAAAAAGAAAGAGGAAGAAGCAAGGAAGAAGUUUGAAGAAGAAAAAAAGAAAAGGCUUCAGGAAGAAAAAAGGAGACAACUUGCAGAAGAAGAAGAGAAGAGAAUGGAGGAAGAGAAAAAAAGGAGAGUUGGAGAACAGCAUAGUGAGCGGGUUGAAGUAGAGGGAAGAAAGAUAGUCGAGGAAGGUGGAAAAAAUAAAAUAAUGGAAGAACAAAAGAACAGCAAUGAUGAAGAGGAAAAUUGGUGGAUUGAGGAAGAGGAAAGACGAAGAGAUGAAGAGCAAAAACAAUAUGAAAUUGACAAUUUGAAGAAGCAACAGGAGUUUCGCGAACUUGAAAGGUUACGCAAGGAAUUGGAAAUUCAAAAGGAAAAGGAGAAUGAGCGACUUAUCAGAGAGCGACAGGAAAUUGAAGACUUGAAGCGACAACUUAAAGAACAACGUGAGCUUUUUGAAAAGGGAAAAACUGAAAACGAAACUCUGAAAGACGAGAAUGUGCAAAGGAUUGAGAAAAUACCACCAAAAACUAAGCACGAGAAUGGAGAUGACAAAGGACAUUUUCUCGUGAUUGAAAAGGAGAUAAAUUUUGAGGAGGGUCAGUCAGAAUCACCAAAAGCCAAAGUUUUUGAACCUCCAUCUGUUGAUGUAAUUACAAACGAAAAUACUUCUAAAAUUGAAGAAAGUGUUAGUUUUAAAACAGAGGAGAAGCCCAAAAAAGUGUUGAAAAUAGAGUCUAGUUUCAAUAUUGAUCUUGAAGAUGAGCAGCAAGAAGAAACUGCCUCUGUGGCACAGCAAAGUUCCAUCACCAAAACAGCUGUUGCAAACUCUCAAGCAAACCCAAAGGUUCUUCCCAAAAGACCAUCUGCGAAUCUGGUGUCUUCGGCAAUACGAACUUCAGAUAGCGAUUCAACAAAAAAACCAUUGUUGGGCUUGUAUGCCAAGAUACAGCAAAUUGCCAGUGAACGCUCAGGGACAGUACAAGCAGGCAGUAAGAAUUUAAAAACAUCUCAGCCAUUGAAAGACGAUAAAGUUGUUGAAAGUUCAGACAAUACUGGGAAGGGCAUAAGUGAAAGUAGGCAAAUUCUAAAGUCAGAGGUGAAUCAGAACAAUAAAAACGUGACUGACCAAAUUUUUAAUGAAGAUCAUGCUUCGCAAAAGGAAGUCGCUUUCGUCAAGGAUGAAACGUUGCCUUCAAUGAAAUUCCAACAGGUCAACUCUUCAGAUGCUCAUCAAAUGAAAGAGAAUGAGCUCACAGGCAAAAUUUUCGAGAUUGAGAAAGAGUCUUCAACCAUCGGUGAUACUGGUGCUUGUGUUGUUGUGAAUAAAGAAAACGAGCAAGCCUUUCCUGUUUCGGUAAUUAAACAACAAGGAAUCAACGAGUUAGAAAACGUUUCAAAGCAGCAAGAAUUAGAUUCGUCUAAGAAGGUUCAAAAACAGUCCAAUAUAUCUGCACCGUACACUUUCAAGCCUCAGGUAUUUAGGCCAACAUCUUCAUUUAAGCCAAAACUAGCUGAAAAGAAAAGCAGCCCCAACAUUGACAGUGAUGUGUCAGUGAAUCAACGAAUUGAAAACGUUUCCGUAGAAAAUAAAGAGGUUGAGGUAGCUGCUGGAGUCAAUGAGCACUCAAAAGAGUAUAGUCGUUUGGAAGUGAAAACAUCAAAAGAAGAGAGUGAACCAGACUUAUCUGCAAAAGCUGUUGAUGAUCAGAGAAAAAUUUCACAGAGUGAGACACACAUCAAUGAAAGCAAACAAGGUGUAAAAUCAAUCGUCGGUAUGUCCAAAAAGCAAGACAUGAACAAAGGGAAACAUGUUUAUCUCCCCGGUGUUCUUGAUGACACAACAAGGAACUCAGAAGAUCUUGUUAAAAAUGCUUUUGAUGCGGAUGAUAUUAAUUUCUCAUUUCAAAGUGGUCUUGGAAACUACAGGCCGAAAUGUAUAUCCCCCGAUGAUCUGAGAAGCGCUUCGCCACCUAAAUCGCAAACCGUUGGAUCAAAUAAAUCAACUAGUGCUUCGAUCCUUAAAAGUACUGUUUCAAGGAAGGUUCCUCCAAAAACUUUACCGAAGACAGGUCCGAAAACUUUACCCAAGCAAAAGUCAAUCGGCAGCAACCCGGUGGAUGAUGUAAGAAGAGAAAGCAUAAAGGAGAAAAUCCAGAGCUUUAACCAACCAAACUCGAACAAAGGAACCGAUAAAAAGAUAGAGGUUUUGAAUUUAGCGGCAAUCCCAAACAGACGAUUUGAAAUAUCAUCAGGAAAUAUUUCGUCAAGUAUUAUGAACAAAGACAUUAAGCAUGAAGAUAAAAAAGAACGAUCAAAUAGCAAAGGUGGAGAUAAGGCAAGAAUGUUACCCGUGUUACCCAAUGACACAUUAGAACCUGAAAAAGAUACUUCACCAGGUAAUAGUAACUUUAGCAUCCAGUCUGAACAAGCUGGGUCAGUCGCAUCAGAACCUGUGCAACCUCCUUCGCUGCUACGUAGAAUAUCACUAAAUGCUGCUUUGAUUGAUGCAGCAAAACCAGUUACAUUAUCACGGGAGCCUGUAUCGAAAGAAACGAAUCCCAAUACUCAAGAUGCAUGUUACGAAAAUAGCGAGGAAGCUGAACAGAAAGAAAAUGCUGAUCAGAACUCUAACAUUGAGCCACUUAAGUUAGGAAAUUAUGCGUCAAUUCGAGAGGCAAAUAAAAACGAGAAUUCAGAUAGAGAUACUGUCACUGUGAAAAAGGUUGGAGGCUUGAAAAUUGGUUUUGGAAGAGACAAACCGAAGGUAUAUAAUGUUUAAGAAAUCGAUAAAGUUGCGUUUAUUUAGAGAUAUAUUUAGAUAUAUAGGCAGCUGUCUGUGACAAGCUUAGGUAGAACCAGACUCCAAUAAUGCAGAAACUGCUGUGCUUAGCUGUUUGAUGAAAAGUUCUAUUUGUGAUAGCAAAACCCGUUACAUUGGGUUUCUAGUAUUUCUGUAUUGGCGUUGGUGAAGGCAGAAUCUUCACAAUAAAGUUCACUUCAUCUAUUUUACUAUUGCAGCCUUGUUGACUUAAUAUAUAUUUAUUCAGGAGAAUUAACUUUGCCGUAAGUCCUUCGUUAGAUCAGCACCUUUUAAUCAAAGAAAUUUAACCAGUCCACUUUUCUUUAUUGAUUCUAGAAUUUUAGGCAUUUCUUCGCGUUUCAGAAAAAAUCUAGAAAGAACAGAAAUUCGAAUCUUCCCACCUCCGAUAACGAUUUAGGAAAUGACAAUUUACCGUUUUAUACGUUUUUUCUUGUUGAAAUUUUUUUAGAACCCACAUUUCAGUGUCCUUAUUUAUUAAAGAGUACGAUCUCUGAAGGUCGUAAUCUCAUAAGGAUUUGGUUUUGCACUUUUUGAUCUAGGAACUCGUUUGAUUGAGUUAUGUUGCCUGAAAUGUUGUUCUAGGGUUGAUAUUUUUCGAGAAAAAGCUAACAGGGUCUUCGAGGCUAGCUUACAAUAACGAAAGCGUCUAACAUCCUCAUCGAGAUUGGAUCAAGUGACGCCCAAGCAGCUGGUGUCCAAGGUUUUAAUGAACCAUAAGGUUACUAACGAAGGAAUUUAUUAUACUAAAUUAGCCUGUGAAAUUAGCCCGAUACGAACAUACACCUAUGAAUUGAUUUUGAAACUUAUAUCCAGAUGUAACAAAAAUGAAAAUGAAUUUGUAGACUACCUUUUGUGUUCUUACUCUAUAGCUAUGUAGCUUUGUUUUCUUGUUUAAAUGUUGUCUUCUCUCAAAUAAUUUUUUAGCAAAUUAAGAAUUAAAUUUUGCUUAUAUUGCGUUAUACCCACAUAAUUUGUUCACUUUUCAUAUUCAUGAUUUUUGUACAAUUCUUAUCUCUAAAUAAUUUUUAAUAAAUCGAGCAGCGUCAAUUUUCAAAUGCAUACACCCGCACAUCAGCAACGAUUUCAUUAGGUGACAAGUAUGAUAUAUGUCAAAGACAUCUUACACUACAAGAAACAUUUUUUUUGCUUUCUAUUUUUUACAUAGAAAUGAGAAAUUGAAAAUUUACAGUUGGCAUCUUUUGAUCACCAAAUAGAUUGAGAAUUUUGUAGCUGAUCAAGAUUGUGUCUUUUGAAAUAUCUUUAAGACUUCAAGCCGUUUCUGCUGUUUAAUUAAUUCUCGUCAAAAGGAUUUAUUUCUAAAUCUGAAGUUUCUUAUUUCAAGGCUUAAUAGUCCCAUGGAUAAUAAGUUAAUCUUCCCUUAAAACGAUUUGUUUCUGCUUAAAUGAAAGGUCUUUGGAUCCUCAACCUUAGUGCAGCCUUUUGAAGUAGUUAAAGCUAAGAUGUGCUCAAUUAUCGAUUUUGCUGAAUAUUUAGUUUAUCGUAUUUAAUUUGCCUGAAUUAUCAAUACUGUAUUUGUACCAUGCAAUAAUUUCAAUCUAUGUAAAUUUUUAGUAACUAUUAUUUGCGUUUAAAGGGCAAGUUUAUUAAAGGAAGUUCCUUACCUGAUGACAAAUGUUUUCAUUAAUGUAUAUUUUAAAACUCCAGCGGCCACGUCCUUGUUUUCUGGCUUUCUACAGUCAAGUAUAUUGAAUAUCUGAAAGUUUUUUAUAUUUGUUGGUGAGAUAAUUCAUUGAACCUUUUGAUAUUGUUUUUAUAUCUAAAACUUUGUGAUCUAAUCAUGGAUCUAAUACCAUAACUUGGUUUGGUUGGUUACCUUUAAUUAAUUUUGUAUUAGUUGAAAAACUGUUUAUUGUCUAGUUAUUACUUACGUUGAAAUUUUCAGCCUCAAAGGAUAUCCUGCAAUUAAAUAUACCUUGUGGACACGCACGUCUUAGAUAGCAUGUGAACGUUGUUAAGCUUUACUUUAAUGCACUUGCCCAUAUUCUUGCUGCAGUAUAAACUCAGGGUAAUCUUCAUCCGUUGAUGUGAUUUUUUUAGGUAUAAGGCCAAUAUAUUUAAAGAAAAUUAAGAAUAUAGCAACAGUUUAAAUUGUAGACACAGUAAGUUGAUACUGAUUUCCUUCAUACAAACUUGAACACUACACUUUGUUUUUAAAAUGUUUCAGUUUUCCUGUUUCAUCUCCUGUCGCGAGUUGAUUGAUGCAAUUUGUAUCAUAUUCUUAGA